AUGACAUGGAUAAAUAACAGACAAGGGCUUGCCAACAUAAUGGAAAGACUUGAUAGAGCUUUGUGCAACACAGAAUGGAGAACCAUGUUCUCGGAGGCCACUGUGAGAGUCCUUCCCAGAACUUACUCUGAUCACUCCCCUCUUAUUGUCUACACCCAAUGUAUGCAUAAUCUCAAUCCCCUCAAUAGGCCUUUUAGAUUUGAAGCUGCUUGGAUGACUCAUCUUGGCCUCAUUGAUGUUAUUAAAUAUUCUUGGACUGAUAUGAACCAUAACCUCAUUGAUUCCACUGUUGAUUUCACUUGUAAAGUUAAGGAAUGGAAGAAAGAGGAAGAAAUCUUGUGGUUUCAAAAAUCUAAAUCUAAACACAUUCUUCUUGGUGAUAGAAAUACUAAGUAUUUUCAUGUUUCCACCAUUACCAAGAGAAGGAAAAUUAAAAUUAAUGCCCUUAAAGAUAACUUUGGUAAUUGGACCAUUGACUCUAUUGGCAUUAAAGCCACUAUUCUUGAAUAUUUUCAGAAUCUCUUUAGUGGUAAUCUUAUAACUCAACUGGAUCAUUGGAAAAAUAUUUCUCCUUUCCACUUCACUCAAGAAGAUAAUGAUGGUUUAGCCAAACCUAUAUCUAAUUCUGAGAUUCUUAGAGCUGUGAAAGAUAUUGGUGCCUUUAAAGCACCUGGUAGAGACGACAUUCAGGCCACAUUCUACCACAAUUAUUAA